AUGGAGGAUUCGGAACACGUCGAAGCCGAAGAUGUCAUCACUGAGAUGGAUAACCUCAACAGCAUUUGGUCGUCCUAUCUCGCCGUUCAUCAGACAAUAUUAGAUUUGGCUGAGGACGACGCCGCUUACGAGGAAGUGAUUCGCCAUCAGAUUGCUUUCGAGGAAGAAUAUUUGUCGCUCAAGAAGGGUUUAGGAAAGUUACAAAGGCGCAUAGAAUCCACCGAACACGAGGUCACAAUCAACCAACAAAAUGGUGGCAAUACCAGCGUCAUCGAAACGCUCAUGCAGCAGCAAGCACAGUUUCUUCGAGCAAUUGCAAGCAAUGCAGGAGCUUCAACUUCAUCGAUUCCUCCUACAAACAACGAAGUACAGAACGACAUUCCAUCGCUUCCAGAUUUGAGGCUGCCCAGAAUGAAUCUGCCGAUUUUUAGCGGUAACUUUUUGGAAUGGCAGUCGUUUUACGAUCUCUUCAGUGGAUCCGUGCAUCAAAAUCCAUCGCUACGUCCGAGCCAGAAACUGUACUUCCUCAAAACACAUUUGGCAGGUGAAGCAGCAACGUUAAUUUCACACCUAAAUGUGGAGGAUGCCAAUUACCAACCAGCACUCCAAAAACUUCGAGAGCGAUACAACAAACCCCGCGAGAUAGCUAAUCUGCACAUCACCCGAUUCUUGAGCCAGCCACAUUUGACAGCUUCGUCCCCCUCCGGCUUGCGCUCCCUCCACGAUGUUUCAGAUGAAGUGAUUCGGGCCUUGGCAGCUCUCGAACGUGAAGGAAGAGAUAUUUGGUUAAUGCACAUCAUCUACGAAAAGCUGGAUGCGCACACUAAAGAAUUGUGGUGCCAGAAAAUAGUUGAGCUUGAGGAGGAUGCCGUCAGCUUCGAUGCGUUAUUAAGGUUCAUCGACAAUCGAAGCUCCGCUCUGCAAUCGUCGCAACGCUCCCGAAUUUCCAGCACCGCUCCAAACAACAAGCCUCAGAUAUCAAAGCCGCAGUAUAGACCAUCUUCUGUUCUUGUGGCCACAAACCAAAUGCAAUUAAAUUGUGGCAUUUGCUCGAAACCAGGCCACCAGCCGUACCAAUGCGGUAAGUUUACACACGCUAGCUCAUCUGACCGAUUUUCUAUGGUUUCUAGGCAAAAGCUAUGCCAAAACUGUUUGAGACAUCAUAGUGGCGAGGCGUGCAAGGCUGGUUCCUGUCGAAAAUGUGGUCUGAUGCACCAUACUCUACUUCACAACGCCUUUCAACCCGCAGCACAGUUCACAUCGACCGAAGCACCCGUUUCUACUCCUCCUCAAGCCCUCAUUUCAGCCAUCAAUUUAGCCGACCAUCUGGAUGGUACGAAUGUGCUUCUCUUGACAGCUACCAUUGAUGUUUUCGAUAAAUAUGGUCGCCCCCAUUCCGUUCGCGCAGUGCUCGAUUGCGCGUCGCAUCUCAGCUUCAUCAGGAAAGAUUUAUGCGAUCAACUCGACAUUGAAAAAUCCCCCAUCAACCUAGACUUUCAGGGGAUUUCAUCCACAAGCUCACACUCUAGUAUGGGAGCUUCAAUUACAAUUGCCUCCAGAUGUUCGCCCUACCGGGCCAAUGUACCCUGCGCUAUACUGGAUCGAAUAUCUGCCGAUCUACCACUACGCCCAGUGAACAUCGACGAUUGGCCAAUUCCGGAUUCCGUUUAUUUGGCUGACCCGCAGUUUCAUAAUCCCGGAAGAGUUAGCAUGCUUUUGGGCCUUCAACCAUUCCUUGAGCUACUGGAACCUGGGCGAAUUAACCUUGAUUCAACCGGUCGGCUACCUAUUCUUCAGAAUACGAAACUAGGAUGGGUAGUUUCAGGUCGUUACGAGGAACCUUUACAUUCGUCUCCGGUUACCUCCACCUGUCUAAUAACCUCUGUAGAUGACCACCUUUCUCGGCAGUUGCAGAAGUUUUUUGAAAUGGAAGAGUACGUGCACCAAGGAGCUCACUUCAGUGAGGAGGAGAAGGCCUGUGAGGCACAUUUCGAGCUGCAUACCAUUCGCGAUAACGCUGGUCGAUUUCAAGUUCGUCUUCCUUUUCGCGAAGACCCUACAUUGCUCGGGGAAUCUCGCAACAUCGCUAUUAGGCGCCUAGAGCAAAUUGAACGCAAGCUAGUCAGAACUCCUCUGCUUAUGAGCCAGUAUCACUGCUUUCUACGUGAAUAUCUCGAUGCUGGCCAUAUGUCUCUCGCCAAAACACCAGCACCGAUUGGCACGGUAUACCUUCCGCAUCAUUGUGUCCUGAAAGAAUCUAGCUCCACUACAAAAUGUCGCGUCGUGUUUGAUGCAUCGGCGAAAACAACGAGUGGAAAAUCACUAAACGACGUGUUAAUGACUGGUCCUGUUCUCCAAGAUUCGCUUAUCGAUAUUCUGCUGCGAUUUCGAUUCCCAGUAGUAGCGUUAACCGGUGAUAUACAGCAGAUGUACCGUAUGGUACAGGUGGCGAUGGAAGAUCGCGAUUACCAGCGAAUAUUAUGGCGAUGGAAGGCAGAAGACACCAUCGAUGAGUACACACUGAACACCGUCACCUACGGUACGAAAACGGCGUCAUACCUUGCAACGAAAUGCGUGCAACAGCUGCUUAACCAGUAUGCAAUGAGUGCCCCCACCGUGGUUCAGAAGGCACUGAAGGGGACCUAUGUUGAUGACGUUUUAACUGGUGCAGACUCUCCGGAAGAAGCUCAGCAGUUGCGGCGACAGCUUUCAGAAAUAUUUGCGUCCGGUGGAUUCCAUCUACGGAAGUGGGCGUCCAAUUGCACAGCAGCCCUAGAAGGAGUACCUGAAGCGGAUUUGGAAAUAAGGAUUCCGGUCGAACUAAAUGGAAACGAAACCAUCAAAACCCUCGGAAUCCACUGGCAGCCGUGCAGCGACGAGUUCCUGUUCUCAUAUCAACCACAUAAGAUCCUUCAGCCCACAAAGCGCAUCAUCUUGUCACAAAUCGCCAGCCUGUUCGACCCCCUGGGCUUGCUGGCCCCAAUCAUCAUCAAGGCAAAAUUAGUGAUGCAUCGAUUGUGGGAGCUGAAGGUGGACUGGGAUGAAACUCCCCCUGGUGAGUUGAUCAAUGACUGGUUAGUUUUAGCACAGAAUCUGUCGGUUCUCAAUUCAUUUCAGAUACCUCGACGAGUCAUCAACACGCAAAGGCCAUUGCGAGUCUACCUGCACGGCUACAGUGAUGCUUCCGAGAGGGCAAUGGGCGCUUGCAUCUAUAUUCGCUCAGUCGAUGAAACAGGAAACUAUUCAUCUCAUCUUCUUUGUGCUAAAUCAAAAACCGCACCAAUCGGAAACGGAAGGUCUACGAUACCUCGCUUGGAAUUGUGUGCUGCGGUAAUAUUAGCUCGUCUCAUCAACAACGUCACUGCAGCGCUGUCGAUACAAUUCCACGAGAUUCGUGCCUAUAGUGAUUCACAAGUAGCUUUGGCAUGGAUAGCUGGGGGUGCCUCAAGAUGGAAGACAUACGUCGGAAACCGCGUGGCGGAGAUCGUAACCCACUUGCCAUCUGUAAAUUGGUAUCACAUCGGCACUCACAGCAAUCCUGCUGACAUAAUAUCUCGUGGUGCUCUCCCCGUUGGUUUACAAGGAAACAUCCUCUGGUGGCACGGCCCAGACUGGCAACACUCGUUACCGCUUCCAGAACUCAACGUCGCACAAAGGCAGCAAGUCGAUCGCGAACGAAAGUCGGUGACAGUAAGUCUUAUGAUAGUAUACGAGAAUUGCUUUUUGGAUGAGAUGUUAGCUCGAUACUAUCCGAACAAACAAAUGCUUCUGCGAGUCACCGCUCGUCUGUUAAGAUUUGGUUCCGGCCGUCCUGGACGUUUGACAGCUGGGGAGCUGGACCAUGCCCUUAUGAUUUAUGUACGACACACGCAGCAGAAGCACUUUUUGAACGAUAUUAACCGCUUGAAGGAAGGCAAGAGCGUACACCGCGGAAGUUUUGUCUAUUUGUUGGAUCCUUGUUUGGAUGAUAAUGGUCUCCUCAGGGUGGGCGGCAGGCUUCGGCAAUCUAAACUAAGCUACGACACGAAACAUCAGCUGCUAUUGCCACGCCACUCCAUUCUGACAUCUCUAAUAUUGCACGACGAACAUGUCCACAAUCUGCACUGUGGACCACAAACCCUGCUGGCUGUUUCUCGACGGCGAUUCUGGAUACCCUAUGGAAUUAGCGCAGCUCGUAAAGUUUUUCGACAGUGUAUAACUUGUGCUCGGUUACGACCACUACCCUUACGACAGCAAAUGGGGCAAUUACCAUCCGCUCGUUUAGAGCCACAGCCACCGUUCUCAAUAGUCGGAAUAGAUUAUGCUGGUCCGGUGAAUAUAAUAAGUCGCAGAAUGCGCGGUGUUGCAGCAAGUAAGGGCUACAUUGCUCUAUUUGUUUGCUUCGUCACUAAAGCGGUAUCGUUAGAAGCAGUUUCGGACCUCAGUACAUCAUCGUUCCUGGCGGCGUUUUCGAGAUUCACCAGCCGUUACGGUUUACCAGCCAAGGUGUACAGCGAUAAUGCAACAAAUUUUCGAGCCGCAGCAAAACAGCUGAAAGAUAUCGCUAACCUUGUCAACUCUAUUGAACACCAGUCAAUUGUGGCAGAUUUUCUCGCCGACAAGGGGGUGGAAUGGAAUUUCAUUCCGCCACGUUCACCGCACCACGGCGGACUCUGGGAAGCUGGUAUUAAAGUCGCGAAGCAGCUGCUAUCAAAAAUAUCAGGUAAUUUUACGUACACGUUUGAAGAAUUAUCGACUCUUCUAGCACAAGUUGCGGCAUGUAUGAACUCGCGACCCAUAACACCCAUCUCCAAUGACCCAAGUGAUCCGGAACCCCUGACACCUGCUCAUUUCCUGAUCGGGCGACCCUUGACAACAGCACCUGAGAUCAACCAACUCGAACGCCGUAUCAGCUCUAUGGCACGAUGGCAAUUCGUCCAGCGAGCAUCGCAGGAAUUCCGUGCGCGAUGGCAAAGGGAAUACGUACGAUCACUUCAAGCGUUUACGAAGUGGCAGAGAUCAUCAGCCAACGUCAAUGUCGGAGACUUCGUACUUCUUGUAGGUGAGAACGACAAACCGAAGCAGUGGCCACUCGCACGGGUCGUGGCUGUUCAUCCAGGACCUGAUGGGUUGGUCAGAGUGGUAUCACUGAAAACCCGUAAUGGAAUUGCACAGCGAGAUAUUCGGAGAAUUCGUUCAGUUCCAAUGGACAGCGAUGAAUACGUUCCAGGGAGAUUGCUCGAGGAAAUUCCGGACCGGAAUUUGGUGGGCGGCUUAUGUACGGACGUAAACGACGAACAACCCUCUACACAACCAAUCGUCUAA